UUGAAGAGGAAAAUGAACAGUACGUCACCGGCAAAUUCAUCGAUAUCAACAACUGCAAUAGUAGGCGGAGGAGGUGGCGGUGGCGGUGGGGGAGGAAGUAGCAGUAACAACACUGUUAUCGACGACUUUCACUUUCCUUCUGACCUCAUCUCCAUUCAAGACCGGAAGGACGAGGCCAUGCUAGUGUUGAAAUCUGAUCUCCUGGCUGCUCUGAAUAAGGAGGUUAAAUCCAUGGAUGAAGAUAACUGGAUGUUUGAAGGGCCUCGUUCUCGUAUUAACCUAAUAUCAAAAGGAGGUGGACUUCUCAAGAAGCAGAUGGAGACUACCAAGAAUCCUAACUUGGCUCCACCAUCAAAAUGAUUUAGAGUUCUCCAAACAGGUAUCAUCUUGUCUCUGUGGUUUAUCCAGAGAUUCUGCUUCAAUGAUUUAAUCUUUUCCGUACAACUGCAG